AUGAAAAAGAUGAGCGAUAUUUGGGACGUGUUUGACAGUCAACUCCAGAAAGAGUCCGAAGACCUGUCCAUCGAUGACAACCAGUCCAAUGAAGUGCCCAUUAAUGACAAUUUGGGUCUUCAUUUCAAUGGCGGCAUUGACGACAUGGCCAUCGAAGACAUGGACAUCGAAGAUAUGGAUAAUUUACUUGAAUUCAUUGAUGAUAAUACAGCCAAUCAGGCAAAUUAUGGACUUCCACUCAGUGUUAAUGAUAUCUUUGAUAACAUUAUGGGAGAUACAUAUGCUGUCACAGAAAGCACCGAACAAGUCGUCCAUAUUAUGGAAGAAGUAGAAGAAGUGGUAGAAGUGGUCACCUCUUCAUCCAAUGAGUCGGACAUUCCAAACACUCAGAUAAAGCCCACAAAGAGAGGAAGGGGUCGACCGAAGAGUAAACUCUCCAAAGAGGAGAAAAUAAAGUUGACUCGAGAGAGGAAUAAGGAAUCGGCCAAAAGAUAUCGGCAGAGAAAAAGGGAGGAAAGAGCCGACAAAAAUGAAGUGUAG